UGUUAGGAACUUUACCCAAGUCCCAGUCCCAGAUUUUCGCUGCAGCAUUCAAGAGGCAGAGUCACUUGUCUUGCAGUCCCGGGACCCGCAGCUGGAGCAUCUGGUGCAUAAGGACCAUGUCGGGAGACAGGCACUUUGUGGAUAAGUACCGCGACGCGCUGAUCCAGAAAGUGAGCCUGGUGGAACCUGUCAUGGGCGAGCUGCUCAACAGGUUUGUCAUCGACCAGGAGGGCUACAACAGGGUCAUGGCUCAGCGCACCAACCAGGAGAAGAUGAAGGAGCUCUACGCGGGGCCCCUGAAUGCUUGCGGCCCCGAUGAAAAAGAUACGUUCUACCAUAUUCUUAAUCAGCUGGAGCCAUAUCUCAUUUUAGAACUCAAGAGUACCAAAUAAUCAGAUUAAAAACACGCACACACAGUACCAGAGUCCAACAUAUAUAUAUAUAUAUAUAUAUAUAUAUAUAUAUAUAUAUAUAUAUAUACUAUACUUAUACGUAUACUAUAAUUUUCCCAUAAGAAAUUAUUCACAAAGGGUGCAGUGGGACUUUUCUUUCAAGGAAUGACUAUCAUGCAUGUCCCUUAUUUAAUCCUCAUGAGUUUACCCCAAAAAAUUUCAUUUACUCUAAGGUGCUGAUGAAGUAUUUUAUCACUUUUUUCUGUUACAUUGUGAUAUUACUUUUGGUGGGUCUGUAUGAAAAA